AUGACAUCGCCCAACAUCACCGUUUCCUUCACCACAUCGUGCUGUAACACAGAUUCCUGCAUUCCGCCAGCACCGAUUUUCCGUAAGUAUCUUGAUGGAGAUCUCAUUAGCAGAAAUUAACAUCAGUUUUGUGGCCAACACGUUCCAAACCAGAGGUAAAAAAAAGAGUAAAUUACAAAUAUGUGCUAUUAUUAAUGGUAAAUAUAGGAAUACAAUAUGCAUUAUAUAAACACACAUUCUAUUUGUUGUGUGCUAUUUCUGAUUUUUUUUUUCUGUUAUAUGUUUGAUUGAGUGCAAGGACUAACAAAAAAAAAUACCUUAAAACUUGAUGUUUCAAUUUGAGGAAGAUUGUCCCCCAGUGGUAACACAUGCUUUAAGUCACAUUCUAGAACUUGAAGGUUCUUUCCAGCAGAGCCCACAGUAGAGAUUCCAUCUGACUAUGUCUGUUCGUGUCUAGUGAAAUAUAAGAUCUCUAAAGCUUCUGAUAUUAGGCAAAAUAGCAAAUCCUUUACAAGGAUCACCCAUUUUUCUUCUUCUCCUUCCUCAGAAAGAUGUGAGAUACAGGAGCUACACCAAUAGAUUACAAAUAAUAAAAUAUUAAUAUAGUACUAUCAUCCUGGGAGUAAUCUGCACCUUUCUUAGUGUCCCUCAUCCCUUUACCUCCAAGCUUUUACCAGCAGCCACCUAUUCUGAUACAUACUCUCCAGUUACUACAAGGUCCUCCUGGCAUACAAGAUAUCUAUUGUGUCAUGUGCAUUACAAGAGCACUUACAUAAAAUUAUACAUUUCCACUGAUACUCACAGCAGUUCCAGCUGCCAAUUUUCAUGAUGUCCUUGGGUGGCUACCUUUAGGAGAUAAUUCCAUGAUAUAAGCCACAUUGUAUGGUUAUGUCCAGAGAAUUCUGCAGUGUCUUGCUACUGUUAUGUAAUAGAACCUUACUGUUUUGCUUUAUCCCACUACCUUCAGGUGAUAUAUAAUCACCAGAUUAUGUCCAACUAUUCCUUGGGUCACAACAUUAUGGCCAUUUACUACUAGUACUAAAGAUGAAACUGCCAUAGGUGUGUGAAGAACAUUUCAUUUAGAUGUGCACCAAGAAAUUAUUUCCCUUAAUUCUUUUAAUAUUAUGUAACGAAAAUAUUUAUUAAAAAGACACUCCCCUCCAGAAACUACAGUCUGCUGUCAUCUGUAUGGUGUCAGUAGAGCCCCUACGCUAGAGUUGUCCCCCGUCAGUUUAGAGCCCAUUCACCACUCACUUAAAUUAAUAUUUCAGUAAGUGGCCCCCUUUUAAUUCAGGCCUACCCAUUCAUCGGCUUUGGCACACCACAAACAACUAGCUUUUACUCAAGUUUAUUAAUUUCAUAAAGCUUUUGUCCCUGACCACCCUGAUAUAUUUAUAUAUUACACCAGUAUUUCUUUCUUUUUUUGUAUACAUUUGCUACAUAUUUGUAUACCUUCCUGAUUGUAUACAUCUUUAACUGAAAUAUUUAAUCUGUCAAUGCUUCCUACAGCUGAAAAUGAGAUCAUUUACAACCAUUCCUCCAUGAAACCGAAUCUGUGCCCUACAUGUUUAGCCACUGAUACUAAUUUGUGCGUAGAGAAAUAUGCCAUGCCAUGCAAUGAAAAUGCUACACAAUGUGCACGCUUUUCACAAACAGUAGGUAACGGUAAGUUAUAUGUAAGUAAUAAAGGUACUUAUUGGUGUAAAAUAAUAGUGAACUUCCUGCUUACUAGACGUGCUUUUGUCAGAAGAGCUGCAAAAUGAAUAACAUUUUGAUUUCCAGUCAUUUAGUUAGAAAAACAAUAUAAACUCAUUGAUUAAAUGUAAUUCUGUUAAUUUGGUAAACACACACGCACAACGUAGCUACCAAUGACAGUGCAGCAACUUUGCGAUGGUGCAUUCCAUGACAGUGCAGCAAACUAUGUCUUGUGGCCCCAAUCAUGGACCAAUCAUCAAGCACUGCUAGUUGAUACAGAUUGAGUGUUUUAUCAGCCAAUCAAUGCCCUGUUUUCUUGCAUUAGUCAGUCUUACUACGGAGUGAAAUUGAGCUAGCUGGUGUAGAUCAAAAGAGAGAGAAUUAAUCGUAUAACUAGUUUUAACCACUGGAGAUGAAUUCUCUCUAUUAUCCAACAUUUUUAUAUAGUUAGUUAAGAUUUUAUUUUGUUUGUUUGUUUUAAUUGUAGAAUAGCCAAGGAAGGUGUCACAUUCCCAACCAUCGCUACUAAUUACCUGCGAGCCUGCUGUGUCCUGCAGCCAGAACUUGUGCACCUCAGAUGCUUGCAGCUCUGUCACGCUGCACUUUAACUGCUGCUCCUCUGGCUCUCCUCGUUGCUACUUGGUGCCAGGCUCUGCAUGGAGCUGCCGCAGCAAGUUGGCAGCGCAACAUGCCAGAGGGCUUAUGGAGGGCCAGUGGGAGGGUGGCCUGGACAGACAAAGGGGAGGGACAGGGGAAUAGCAGAAAUGGCACCCAAUUUCCUUAACUCCUUCAUUGGAGCUCCAUCUUCAGGGGAGUGGGAGCUGAUAAUGUGAUCAGCUCUUAGUAUAAAUAGCCAAGAUGUUCCAGUGCUUGCUUCUGUCUCCUGACAUCCUAGUUCUCGUUUAUGGUUCCUGAUCCUAGUCUUGGUUCCCUGUUCUUGAUCCUGGUCCUUGUUCCUGGUUCCUGAUCCUGAGUUUUGGUUCCUGAUUCUUGCUCCUGGUUCCUGUUCAUGAUUUCUGGUAAUACUUCUCAGUUUCUGACUUUGACUACGCUUCCUGUUUCCAAUUUUUGACUUCUGGCAUCUUGCUCUCUAUUUGUGGAUCCCCUGGUUUCUGACUUUCAGUUUGACUCUUGACCUUGCUCCUCUGCUGCCAGCAACACCUUUUAACCCCUUAAGACCGGAGGGCGUACUAUUACACCCUAUUUUAGGCGGCUCUAAAUGCCGCCAGGCGUAAUAGUACGCCCUCCGUUUUUUUCUAACUUACCGUAUAUACUUGUGUAUAAGUUGAUCUCAUGUAUAAGUCGAGUGCAGUUUUGUGACCAACAAUUGUGAAAUAUGCUAUGCCUCGUGGAUAAGUCGAGGGUAAAACUUGGGGCUAUGAAAUUCUGUGAUUUUUAUAAUUAUAUACACACACACUCAUACAAACACACACUCUGCAUUAUAUAUACACACACUCUGCAUUAUAUAUACACACACACUCAUACAAACACACUUUCUGCAUUAUAUACACACACACACACACUCAUACAAACACACACUCUGCAUUAUAUACACACACUCUGUGUAUAUAAUGCAGAGUGUGUGUUUGUGUAGUGUGUGUGAACCGGGGGUAUAUUAUUAUUUUUUUAUUAUUUUAAUUUUUUUUGUCCCCCCUCCCUGCUUGUUAACUGGUCAGGGAGGGGGCUAUCUUAAUCCUUGGUGGUCCAGUGGCAUGGGCUGUGAAGUGGGGGGGCCGGCAGGAAGCAUUUACUUACCUUUCCUGCAGCUCCUGUCAGCUCCCUUCUCCUCCGUUCCGGUCAGCUCCACUGUAAGUCUUGCGGUCUGGUUGCCGCGCGGAUCGUUGCCAUGGCUCUGACGGCCGCGGCUCUCUAAGUUGCCAUAAUACAGACAGUGACUCGAGUAUAAGUCGAGUGGGGGUUUUUAAGCACAAAAAAUGUGCUGAAAAACUAGACUUAUACUCAAGUAUAUACUGUACCCGGUCGCCGGCAAUCCCACGCCUGCGAUCGCAGUUGGGGGGACUCCCAGGGAGCCCCCCGCGGCGGAUCCUCCAUCCUGCAGCCCCCCGGACAAUCACAUGGCCGGGAUAGCUGCCUGCUGUAUUGCCAGCAGGGGGACUGCCUGUAAUGACAGGUAGUCUCCCUGCUGGCUGGAAAUAAAAUAAAAUUAAAAUUAAAAAGUGUAAAAAAAAUAUUAUAUACUUAGAUCAUAUAUAUAUAUAUAUAUAUAUAUAUAUAUAAUCUAAGUAUAUAUAUAUACACAUAUACAUACACACACAUACACUGUCUAGGUGUAUUUUACUAUUAAUAUAUAAUUAUAUAUAUAUUAAUAGCAAAUUACACGUAGACUGAUACUGAUUAAAUAUAUAUAUAAUUAUUGUUAUAUGUAUAUUUAGAUAUAAUAUAAAAAAAAAAAAUAUGUAAAUACGUUAAAAAAUAAAAUUAAAAAAAUAAUUAAAAAUAAAUAAUUAAGAAAUAUAUAGAUGUGUGUUAUUUCGUUCUAACUGUAUUGUGAUAUUAAUAUGUAUAUAUAUAUAUAUAUCAAAAUACACGUAGAACAAAAUAAUAUAUAUAUAUAUCUAUAUACAUAAAUAUAUACGUAUAUAUCACUAUAUAUAUACCUAUAUAUAAAUAAAAAUAUUUUAAAAAUAUGUAUAUAUAUAUAUAUAUCUAUAUAUAUAUAUAUAUACAUAUAUUAAUUCUACAUAUAUAUUUAUGUAAUAUUUUUACAUAAUUAGGUAUCUUAAUUAAUUACAAUUAGCGGGACCUGCCUGACAAACCAUGUCGAAAGUAAAGGGAAUUUAAUUUGCUAGCACUAUAUUUAACCCUAUAACUUUCCAAGACACCAUAAAACCUGCACAUGGGGGGGUACUGUUCUACUCGGGAGACUUCGCUGAACACAAAUAUUAGUGUUUCAAAACAGUAAAAUGUAUUACAACGAUGAUAUCGCCAGUAAAAGUGAAGUUUUUUGCAUUUUUCACGCACAAACAGCACUUACACGGACGAUAUUAUUGCUGCAAUACUUUUUACUGUUUUGAAACUCAAAUAUUUGUGUUCAGCGAAGUCUACUGAGUACAACAUUACCCCUCAUGUACAGGUUUUAUGGUGUUUUCAAAUAUAAGGCUUGUGUUUCAUUUUUUUCACAUUAAAAUUCACCAGAUUGGUUAUGUUGCCUUUGAGACCCUAUGGUAGCCCAAGAAUGAAAAUUAUCCCUAUGAUGGCAUACCAUUUGCAAUAGUAGACAACCCAAGGUAUUGCAAACAGGGUAUGUCUAGUCUUUUUUAGUAGCCACUUAGUCACAAACAUUGGCCAAAGUUAGCGUUAGUAAACGCUAACUUUGGCCAGUGUUUGUGACCAAAUGGCUACUAAAAAAGACUGGACAUACCCCAUUUGCAAUACCUUGGGUUGUCUACUAUUGCAAAUGGUAUGCGAUUUUGGGUGUAAAUUUCAUUUCCAGGCUACUAUACAGUCUCAGAGGCAACGUAACCAAUCUGGAGAAUUUCAAUUUCAAAUGUAACGUGCUAUAUUUGACCCUGUAACUUCCCAAAACGCCAUAAAACCUGUACAUAGGGGGUACUGUCUUACACGUGACACUUUGCUGAAUACAAAUAUGUGUAUUUUAUUGCAGUAAAAGCAAACAGUAUUAUGACAUUGACAGUUAAACUGUCAUGUAGAACUAAAGAAAUUAAAUUAUGUUUCAUAGCUAAAUAUUUGAUAUUAAAUGAAAGCCCUGUUUCCCCUGAAUAAAAUGAUAUAUAAUAAGGGUGGGUGCAUUUACUAUGAAAGAGGUGAAUUACGGUUGGACAGACAUGUAGCGCAAAUGCCAGGUUUUGUUUGCAUUUUGUUUUGUUCACAACGUGUACAUUUGGCUCCGUCCUUAAGGGGUUAAACACCUGAUCUAGGCAAAAAUAAUGGGGGUUUAGUUACAGUAUAUGAUCAUACAUUGCAUAAUCCUGCCUCAACAUCAAUGUACCCCAUCUUUGGCAGGUCCUACACUAACAACCUAACGUCUGCUCUUAUAAGAUUUAACCAAUUACUUGGGGAACAAAUUCCAUCAGGGUCUCUCUGAAGUGCAUGGUUUGCCCUAGAAGAGCAUUAAACCAAUAUGCUAGUCAUUGAUGAUGAUAAAACGCCACUAUAAUUAAAAAAUGCCCAGGCUCAAUUUUUUCCCCAGUCCAGAAAAUGAAUUUAUUGGUGGUACUUGACGUAUGACAGGUUUCCUAAAAUUUACACCACUCAGCAUUUAGUUGGAAAUAUGUUGUUGAAAAAGGCACUAUGAUGCAAAUAUGGUGGGACUGCUCUAUAAUUAAACCGCUCUAAUAUCAUAAGAGAAUUAACAGAUAUCACAGAUUUGCCUACCAAACUGUCCACUUAUUUCUUCCUUCUUUUCCCUCCAAACCUACACAAAGCAUGUAAACAACUAGCAGCACUAAUAAUACUAGCAGCCAGAAAUCGGAUUGCACUUACAAAUAGCUUGCCCCGUAACACACGAUUGAUAGACAAAAUAAAUCAAUAUUAUACCUAUAAACACAUGUCUAUAGAUACAACCAUUGGCAACCAUGGACUGUAUGUACUUAAUGCACUCAUUAAAAAAAAAAAAAACAGUUAAGUUCUGAUAGUCAACAAACAGAGCAAAAAUAAAUAAAUCCACAAGAGACCAUUACACCAUGACUGAAACAGAUAGAUACCCUUGACUAAGAGCAUUAUUUUGUUAUUACUACUCUCGUCUUAGUUCCUUCUUUUCCUUUCUAUACCCCACCUUUCCUAAAUAAUAUACACAUGUCGACACCAUAAACUCAAACUGCUGUGUUAGCAGGAGACUCCUAUGUGCGACAGAGACUUACAUUGCAUCUCUACAAUAGAUGUUUAAUGUUACAAUGAUAGACCUAUGUACAUAAACGUUACUCUAUGCCCUAUGCUCUCUAAUGUAAUUAUAUAGAAUUGUAUCUUCCCCUCCUUUGUCUUCCCUUUCUCUUUCUGUAUCCUUCUCCAAUUUUAUGAAAACUCAAUAAAAUUGAAAUGAGAGAGGAAAAAAAAGGGAUAAUGAUUAAAAUAUUAAUCACACUUUUAGGAGAAGACCAACCACUCUCUGUAUCACGUCGCAUAGGUGGAACAAUCUCUACCAAGAAUUCUUUGGAUGGUUGUCUGCUAGUGAAGAACUGGUGCCAGGAAAAAAAAAUAGAAAAUAAUAAAAUAAAACACUAAAAAGUGUUAUGAAGAAAACAGCAACAUCGCUAAAUUAUACUUUUAGUGUAAAACAAUGAAUCAUAUAGUAAAAUCCACAACGCAUUUCACUCUACUCUACACUACAUAAAAAACUAAGAAAAAACUAUUUUUCUUUGUUUUUUACUGUAUGUUUUGGGGCUGAUGUGUGCUAUGAUCAUUGCUGUCACCCAGGAGCAGUGGGAAUUAGAGUGCAGGACUUAUUUUUGUGUAUUUGUAUUUACUUUUGUAUCACACAGCCAUGUUACAAUGCUGUCACCCACCCCACGUGUUCUCUAUUAAGGGUUAAUAAGUAUGUAGGGGUUUAGAAAAAUACCCCUCUCUGUCUCAUUAGAGAUUUCUUUGCCUGAAGCUGAAGAAAGCAAGGCGAAUUGUUAAUGUAGGACCCACCUAAGAGUUUUGCCUUGCAGUGUUGGGGCUUACAUUAAAUAGCCAUUGGAGUUACUAAAAAAAAAUCCUCCAUUUAUUUAAUUAAAUGCAUAGGUAUUUGGACAAGUGGGCAGUUAACUCUUUUUUUCUUUAUUUUUUUAUUAUAUAUAUAUUAUCUGAAAUCCUUAAUUCCAUAAAGUGUCUGCAUAAAAUCUCUUAUUUUGCUGAAUAUUUUGUGGAUAAACAUCGAGGAAUGAUACACAUUAUGUUAAAACCAGUGUUCAUUUUAGCGGCAAAUUACUAUUUAGUUUUAGUCAUAGUCUUUUGACUAAAAUACCAUUUUAGUUUUAGUCGUAUUUUAGUCAUCUGAAUUGUUUUAGUUUUAGUCUAGGGAAAGGGAAAGGGCGAAAUGCGUCUCGGAGCAGAACGCCUUCUUUGUGGACAUUAUUUUACAUUAUUUUACAUUAUUUUACUGAUUUUUAAAUAUGUUUUUUGUUUAUGUAAAAUAAAUAUAUCCAAUUGGAUUUUAAGUCCUACUGGCUGUCGGCUCCAUCUACCUCCAGUAAAGAAGGGCUACCCACCUUUAGUGGGUAACAAGCUUUAAUACCCAGAGCCAGGUUAGUCUAAUUGGCUCUGGUUUAGUUGAGCAAUAUUCAUUUGAUCUAUUUCCUUCCACCUUGUUCUUGAUAUAUUAAACUAGAAGCAAUUUUCUUUUUUGAGUGUAUGAGAAGAAACAAGAAGAGGGAAAGGUGUCACCUAGAUACACCAAAGUGGUCGUGAUUUGAGCCAGUCCUAUACUUGGCUCCAUGUUCGUCAGUUUUUUAAAAUGUAUUUUUUUAUUUCAUUUUAAAUACUAUACAUACUUUACCAUUUGAUUUUUCUCUCCAUUUUUUCCUCAUAUAUCUAUAUCGAACAAAUGUUUCUCCUUAAAUUAAGGGUGAGUGUAUAUUUAACAGCGCUCCACUCAGGGGAUUGGUGGUGGAUGUCACCUUCCAACCCCCUUAUUUUUACAAUAUUUAAGAUUUGGUGGACAGGAGAGAUUUCCAUAUCAGUGUUGUAGUGACUUUUCUAGUGGUAUUUAUUUUCUAAGUGCCUAUUUCUAUACACAGAGCACUUUCACAUUUAGUCUAGUUUUAGUUGACUAAAUAUCCAGUAGAUUAGUUUAGUUUAGUUUUGGUAAAGUCUCUAUCCAUCUUUGUGUCCUCACAGCACCUCUAGGUGUUUGUCUCUCAAACAUGGCUCUGUCUCUUUUGUCCCUUGCCCAGUCUCUCUGUGCAGUGUUAAUUUUGGCGGCAAAUUUUAAUUUAGUUUUAGCCAUAGUCUUCUGACUAAAAUGCCAUUUUAGUUUUAGUCUUUUUUUAGUUUUUAGUUUUUUUUAUGGGAGAUCAUAUGCAUGGCCUUCAUUGGUUAAUAGUGGAGUAUGAUACUAAAUGCUACACAGUUGGGUAUAUAAAAGCAGUCAAGCUCGUGUGAUAUAUGGCAAAAUCAUUAAAAAAAAAUGCUGGCGAAUAAGAGACAUAAUAAACAGGGUUAUUCCUUAAAGUGAGAAUUCAAGGUAAAUGCAAAGUAAACUUACUUUUUUAGUUUAACCCCUUAAGGACCGAGGACAAUUCAGGACCGUCAUCGGCAUUUUUACAUUGCCGACCGCUGACGGUCCUGAACCGUCCUAACGGUCUUAGUUAGUUACCGGAUCGCCGUCAUUACCCCGGCGGGGAUCAGCGGUGCUCCCGGUUUGGGGAGACUGCCUGCAGCCCAGACAGUCUCCCCACGGCGGAUUAGGACCCAUAUGGCCAUGUGAUCGCUCAACACAGCGAUCACAUGGUCACAAUAGGUGUCCAUGUGUCUGCCUGCAGGGGGACUAUCUGUGCUGACAGGCAGUCUCCCUGCAACUGUAAAAUCAGUAAAAAAAAAUAAAGUUAAUGUUAAUUAAAAAAAUAUAUAUAUAUGAGUGUGUAUAUAUAUAUAUAUAUAUAUAUAUAUAUAUAUAUGAUAUAUAGACAUAUAUUAUAUAUCUAUAUAAUAUAUGUCUAUAUAUCAUAUAUAUAAUGUCAUACUAAGUGUAUUUAUAUAUUAAUAUGUACAACUAUUAAUAUAAAAAUACACUUAUAAUUAAAUUACACACGUAUAUAUAUAAUAUAUAUAAUAACUAUAUAUAUUGUGUAUAUAUAUUAUUAUACAAUACAAAUAAUAAGUAAUUUAAAUUAAAUUAAAAAAUUUAAAAAUAAAAAUUUUAAAAAAUUAUAUAUCUAUAUGAAAUUUUAUUCUAAGUGUAUUUUGAGAUAUAUAUAUAUAUAUAUAUAUAUAUAUAUAUAUAUAUAUAUAUAUAUAUAUAUUACCUUACAUAUUACAUAUUAUACAUGUGUCCAUAUACAAAAUUACAUAAAUAAUUAUAUAAAUAUACACGUAGACUUCAAAUAUAUAAAUAUGCAUAUAUAUUUAAAUUCUAUGUGUGUAUUUAGGUAACAUUUUUACAUAAUUAAGUAAUUUUAUUGAUUGCAAUUUGAGGGACCUGCCUGCCAACCCAGGCCGAAAGUCCAGAGAAUUUAAUUUGCUAGCACUGUAUUUUACUCUGUAAUGCUCUUCGACACCCUAAAACCUGUACAUGGGGGUACUGUUUUACUCAGGAGACUUCACUGAACACAAAUAUUAAUGAUUCAAAACAGUAAAACAUAUGACAACGAUGAUAUUGUGAGUGAAAGUUACUUUUUAAAAAAAUUUCACACACAAACAGCACUUUUACUUAUGAUAUAAUUGUUGUGAUACGUUUCCAGUUUUGAAACACUAAUAUUUGUGUUCAUCAAAGUCUCCUGAGUAUAGCAGUACCUCCCAUGUACAGGUUUUAUAGCAUUUUUGAAAGCUACAGGGUGAAAUAUAUGGGUCAAAUAUUUUUACAUUGAAAAUGGCCAGGUUGGUUACGUUGCCUUUGAGAGCGUAUGGUAGCCCAGGAAUGAGAAUUACCCCCAUGAUGGCAUACCAUUUGCAAAAGAAGAAACCCCAAGGUAUUGCAAAUGGGGUAUGUCCAGUCUCUUUUAGUUACCACUUAGUCACAAACACUGGCCAAAAUUAGCAUUCAAUUUCGUUUUUUACUUUUUUCACACACAAACAAAUAUGAAUGCUAACUUUGGCCAGUGUUUUUGACUAAGUGGCUGCUAAAAAGACUGGAAAUACCCCAUAUUGAAUACCCUGGGUUGUCUACUUUAAAAAAAAAUAUGUACAUGUGGGGUGUUAUUCAGAGAUUUAUGACAGAUAAUAGUGUUACAAUGUCACUAUUGAUACAUUUUAAAAAUGUAUGUUUUGAAACCGCAAUAUCCUACUGGUACCUAUAGCCCUAUAACUGCAAAAAAAAGCAAAAAAGCACAUAAACACUGGGUAUUUUUAAACUCAGGACAAAAUUUUGAAAACUAGUCACAUGUUGUGCCAAUUAAGGUGUUUUCUCAACAUUUUAAGAGACUAAACAUUACAUAUAGUUGCAUAGUUACAUAGUUGUCUACGUUGAAAAAAGACUAAAGUCCAUCAAGUUCAGCAUGAAAGUAAAACACAUGGCAUGGUGAUUAUAUAAUUAUUUUGAUGUUUUGUAUUGCAGUGUCUACGAUCAUUCAGGGAUGUGCCACGGAAAUAUUUUGUCAAAAUAGUAAGCUUCUAAGAUUUAUUGAAGGUACAGUGACCUGCACCACAGCAACCACAAACAGCACUUUGCCAGCUCGUAAGUAGCGCAUCAGUAAUAGGAAUUAUUUUAAAACAUGUUGGGCGUUUACAAAUCAAAAUAAAAAUGUAAUUCUAAUACAAAAACAUAUUAUUGAGGAGGUAAUGUUAGCUCCCAGUCACUGAACUAAGCUCUACACCAGUGGUGUUAAACCCGCGGCCUGCGCUGCUGGGCGGCAAGGGAAUAAGAGAGCACUUUACAUACUGUUCUCCUCCUGGAUAGCUUCAUCGUGCGCCCUGUAGUGAACCAGCCGCCGGGAUAUGAUGUUAUCCCAGCAUCGACAUCAUUGCUGGGCAUGAAAGGGACUGGUGUAGGAAGAGCGCAGAGAUUGUAUGUUUUGUUUGUGAUUAUGUGUGUGUAUUUUUGUGUGUGUGUGGGGAGUUCUGUAUGUAAGUCAGUGAUUAUGUGUUUGGGUCUGUGACUGUGUGUGUAUAACUGUGAUUAUGUGUUUGUUUUUUGUGUGUAUAGGUAUGUGUGGGUCUGAUUUUGUGUAUGUGUGUGUGUGUGUAAGUGAUUGUGUGUAUAGGUCUGUGAUUGUAUAUGUGUGGAUCUGUGAUUGUGUGUGCAUAUUUGUGAUUGUGUGUGUAUAUGUCUGUGAUUGUAUGUGAAUGUGUGGGUCUGUGAUUGUGUGUGUAUAGGUAUGUGAUUUUAUGUGUGUGUUUACAUCUGUAAUUAUGUGUGUGUGUAUGUAUGUGGCUGUGUAUAGGUUUGUGAUUGUAUGUGUAUGUGUGAGUCUGUAAUUGUGUGUGUAUGUCUUUGUGUUUGUACCUCUGUUUAUGUGUGUGUAUGUAUGUGACUGUGUGUAUAGGUCUGCGAUUAUAUAUGUGUGUGUGGGUCUGUGAUUGUGUGUGUGUAUUUGUGAUUGUGUGUAUAGGUCUAUGGUUGAAUAUGUGUUUGUCUCUGAUUAUGUGUGUAUAGGUUUGUGAUUGUGUGUGUGUGUGUGUGUGUGUGUGUGAUUUGUUUAGUAGAUAGCUCCUUAGGUUGGUAUCCUUAAAUAUGACAAUCCCACAUAAGGAUAACAAAUAAGGGAGUUAUCUACUACACACUUUUAAGAAAAUGGCUUUUGAAGUUUUAUUAUAUAAAUUAUUUGUUAUAGAUUUUAUGAGCUGCCCAAGGCGAUUCCUCUGUGUUCAAUGCAGCCCAGGGAAGGCAAAAGGAUAACCAUGGAUGAUAUUUACAAUGCCUGAAGUAUGAGAUUCCUGGAUUUGCUUCCUGAACUUCCAAGGCUUUAGCCUUAAAUACCCUCCUGUUAACGCCUAUGUGGGUCUAUGUUGACUUAUAGUGGAAGGUGCAUCAGGUGACCCAUUAUAUGAAAAAGCUCACAGCUGGCUAACAUUACAUGUCAAUUUAUCAUUUAUACUCAGUAAUAAUACUCCGAGAUAAAUAUUACACUGAAAGUUUAGCUAUGUAGAAUAUUUGAGGGUUUAAGCAUUUUGACUAUUGUGGGUUAUAUUUUGCAUUAUUGUCAUUAACGAUCUAUUAUUUUUUCCCCUAGAUUAUUUUCUAUAUUGCUCAGGAAAUACUGUGGUGAACUCUCAGACAGUGUAUACAAAGCCUGGAGGUGAAUUGUGCUCUCAAUAUGAGGAUGCCUGUGUUUCAGAAAGCAGUUGGAUAAAAAAUGGUAAGCACUAAGGUGUCAUCACAAAACCCAGAAAUCCUUUCCCUCCGUCGCUCCACUCCCAUCCAUUUAUUAAUUCCCUGUCCAGAUUCCUAUCCACUCCCUACAUUCCUUGCUCUAUACCCCGUUCCUCAUUCCAAGAGGCACAUGUUACCUCAGUCAUAUACCCACUAAUUGUACUCCUUACUUAAAAUAAUAUCUUUUCCAAUGGUUUUCAGAUAACGAAGAAACUAUAGAGACCGUUUUACGAUGUGGAAAGUCCAGUGAGUGCAGCCGAUAUGGCAUCAUCAGUAAUCCAAAUAAGAGAAUCCAUUUCAAUACAAGCUGCUGUUACAGUUAUAAAUGCAUUGUCGUUCCACCAACAUGUAGGUAUAUACCAAGUGGAGUGCAGACACAUACACCAUAUGGACAAAAAUAUGUGGACACCCCUACUAAUUACUGUGUUCAGGUGAUUGAGCCUCACUCAUUGCUAACAGGUGCACAAAAUCAAGCACACACAUGCACUUUCUUUACAUAAACAAUGGCAGAACAAUGAGUCAGACUAAACUUCUCUGUAAAUCUAAACAUGGCACCACCAUAAGAUGCUACAUUAUCCGCAAGUCAACGUGUGAAAUUUCUGCUCUGGUUAACUGUAAGUGCUAUUAUUGUGAAGUGAAAGUAUCUAGGAGCUACAACAGCCCAGCCACGAAUUGGUAGAGAUACUCACACAUAGAGCGUGAUACUGAGUACUGAAAGGUUCCAUCAAUCACUACAGUGUUCCAACUGCCUCUUGUAGCAACAUGAGCCUAAAAACUGGGCAUCAGAAGCUUUAUGCUAUGGAUUUCAAUGGCCAAGCAGCUAUACACAAGUGCCAGAUCAGCACACAUAGUGCCAAUAAUCACCUGGAGUGGUGGAAGGCAUGCCACUGGCCUCUGAAACAGUGGAAGCACUCUCUAGAAUGAAAAAUCAUGCUUCACUAUCUGGCAAUCAUAUGAAAGUUUCUGGAUUAGGGCAGGUGCCAGGAGAACGCUACCUACUGGAGUUUGGUGGAGGACUGAUGAGAACUAUUUAUCAGAAUUUGGGCUAGGUCACUUAGUUGCCGUGAAGGGUUAUUUUAAUGCUAUGAAAUAGAAAAACAUUUUAGACAAUUAGAUAGUUCACAUUUUGUGACAACAGAUUGGAGGAGACCUUCCCCUGUUCAAGCAUGAAUCGGCCCAUGUCUAUGGCAUCACUACGGGGAGCCAGGGGGGGCAAUUACCCUCCUUGAUUAUUCGCCCCAUGUAUUCCCCACCUAGAGAACCAGACCACCGCUAACUAAACUAACUAAACUUUGCAGAGUAGACACUCUGAGGGAGCCUUUUACUUACUGUGCUCUUACCCAGUUUUGUGCCAUCAACCAGGAUAUUGUGUCAUAGCAUGGCAUGGCUAGAGGGCGCACUUGGGAUCUGUGCAGAUUGCUAUGUGUGUAUAUGUCUGUGAUUGUGUGCAUCUGAUUAUGUCUGUAUGUAUGUGUGUGUCCCCUCCCUCAUGCCCCCCCUCUCCCGAUGGGUUCAAGGGCUUAAAACCCCUUCAGUCACUUACUUCAAUUUAGCGCCGAUGUCCCUCGGUACUGGGUCAGGCUCUGCCCACGCUGUGCAAUGGCGGCGCUUGCAUUAGGAUUUUCCCAUAGGAAAGCAUUGAUUUAUCUGUCUGGUAGACAGCUAUUCAAAAUGAAGUUAACCCUGCGAGGUAAUCAUUGCAGUUUCUCAGCAACUGUAAUAAUUACCACUGCACUGUUAAGGGACAUGGGCAUUGCACCCAGACCACUUCAAUGAGCCGAAGUGGUCUGCAUGCCUACAGUGUCCCUUUAAAAGGAUUUAAUAGUGUGAGGAACACAAAGUUGUAUUUCUUACACUAUAGUUCCCUCUGUCCCCCAACCCCCUUCGCAACCCCCCACAGCAUGGAAAGGUUUGAGCGCCUUAGGCCUUCCCCAUAGGUAAAGAUUACAUCAAUGCUUUCCUAUGGUGAUUUGCCUAACACUGGAUGUCCUCAUAUGGAGUGUGCAUCCGGAGAACAUCUGGUGACAGUCAGGUGAUCAAAACUCGUUUAACCACCAGGAAUGACUUUAGUGGCUGUCUGAUUGACAGCCACCAGAGGCAGUCUUAGUCUUGCAAUGUAUCAUUGUAGUUUCCUUAAAACUGAAAUGAUUUACAUUGCAGGACUAAGAAGGGCAGGGAUACUGCACCCAGACCAUUUUAAUGAGCUGAAGUGGUCUGGGUGCCUAUGGUGUCACUUUAAUAUGACAAUCCAUGUAGAUAGCCAAUAGGGGAUUUAUCUGUUAAACAGUUGAAAGAACAAAAUUAAGACGUGUAGUUAGCUAAGAGUUCCAGGAGGCUCAUGUAAAUUCUGUGCAAAUUUGUUGUCUGACACAAGAAUGCUCAGAAUGCUGGCACCAGAAAGCCAGUGGUGACAUGUUACCCCAUCUACAGUGGAAAUUAUUAGUGUCACCCCCAGUUUUGACUGUUAUAUCACAUGUGCCCUCAACCCCCCACCCCCUUAAAUAUUGGUCCUAGACUCACAACAGGCCCAUGUGCACAACAUUAGGUUCAUGAAGGCAUGAUUUGAGUUUAGUUUGGAGAAAAUGGUGUGGCUAGCACAGACCCCUGAGCCUAACCCCACAGAACUAAGAUAUGUAACAGGGUUGAUGUUCCAGGAGGGAUAAGCCAGAUGGCAAAUGAUUUAGGUAAACUAGAAAAAUGGUCAGAAUUGUGGCAACUGACAUUUAAUGUGGAUAAGUGCAAGAUAAUGCAUCUUGGACGUAAAAACCCAAGGGCAGAGUACAGAAUAUUUGAUAGAGUCCUAACCUCAACAUAUGAGGAAAGGGAUUUAGGGGUGAUUAUUUCUGAUGACUUAAAGGUAGGCAGACAAUGUAAUAGAGCAGCAGGAAAUGCUAGCAGAAUGCUUGGUUGUAUAGGGAGAGGUAUUAGCAGUAGAAAGAGGGAAGUGCUCAUGCCAUUGUACAGAACACUGGUGAGACCUCACUUGGAGUAUUGUACACAGUACUGGAGACCGUAUCUUCAGAAGGAUAUUGAUACUUUAGAUAGAGUUCAGAGAAGGGCUACUAAACUGGUUCAUGGAUUGCGGGAUAAAACUUACCAGGAAAGGUUAAAGGAUCUUAACAUGUAUAGCUUGGAGGAAAGAACGAGACAGGGGGGAUAUGAUAGAAACAUUUAAAUACAUAAAGGGAAUCAACACAGUAAAGGAGGAGACUAUAUUUAAAAGAAGAAAAACUACCACAACAAGAGGACAUAGUCUUAAAUUAGAGGGACAAAGGUUUAAAAAUAAUAUCAGGAAGUAUUACUUUACUGAGAGGGUAGUGGAUGCAUGGAAUAGCCUUCCAGCUGAAGUGGUAGAGGUUAACACAGUAAAGGAGUUUAAGCAUGCGUGGGAUAGGCAUAAGGCUAUCCUAACUAUAAGAUAAGGCCAGGGACUAAUGAAAGUAUUUAGAAAAUUGGGCAGACUAGAUGGGCCGAAUGGUUCUUAUCUGCCGUCACAUUCUAUGUUUCUAACACCUGGUAUGAAUUCAAAUGAUGAUUGCUCACUAGAUCUUUUCAUCCAACAUCAGUGCCCAUCCUGUUUGUUAGACUGAAUGGGUGUAAAUAUUGUGACACAAUACAAAAUCUUCUUUACAGUUUUCCCAGAACACGGGUGGCUGUUCUAGAAUGCAAAGCCAUGCCAUAUCCAAACUAAUGCCAGUGGUUUUAGCAUGCGAUGACCAACUAGUUUUCAUAGGUGUGAUGGUCAAGUAUCCACAUACUUUUGCCCAUAUGCUGUUUGUGCAGUGUGAUAAAAGGAGCACAUAAAGUACAAAAACAAUGUUAUAUAAUUUAUAUUAAAAAAGUAUGUCAUCAUAUAAAUAGAAACAAUCUUAACUGUCUCACUUUAGUACUGUUAUGUGAUAUACCUGAAACUGUUAAAUAAUGGUUGCUGAAGUGCUGUUUGUGUGAAGAGUGUCUCUUCUUGUUUUCAUUUUAUAAAAAGUGCAGAUUUCAAUAAAGUGUAUAAAUUGACUUGUUACUCCCCCCACUGCUGUCAAUCAGGCAACCAGUCAUGUUACUUCCUGGUAGUUUAGCUCAGUGGAAUUGAACUUGAGGCAGGACAACAUAUAUUUAUUCAUAUAUUCUAUAUUUAUCUGUUAUAUAUUUAUUAUGUCUCCUAGCCACCAAUCAUCUUUUUUCCUAUCCAUCACCUCUUUUUGGUGCCAUAGGAGUAACUCCGAAUCAUGAAACAAAUUAAACUGUUCGCCUAUUGACUGUUUUGGUUGUUUCAUGAUAUGUUCACGUGGCACAUGAGAGUUAUACAAUUUGAACAACCUACCUAUAGCCCAAAAAGUUUGAUAAAGCAACAAUUGGUUUGAAACUGAUUUCACAAGCCUACUAAACAUAUAGAUAUAUUCUGAACUUACAUAACCAUGGGGAAAAGUGUAAUUACUGCGAAGACUGUCUGACUAGACGUACAAGAUUGAACUAAAUCCUGCCGUAAUAACCACUCUAUGCUCAGUAAGUUGGUGGGUUAAAAAUAAAAAGGAGGUUUCAUUCAGUGGCCUUGAGAAGUAGCCUUCUCUCUUCUCUUGUCACUUUCUUUUUUCCAUCCACCAGUGCAGUAAAAUAGGAUUAUUAAUAUCAAUCAUUUGCCAGGUGACCCUCAAGCUCCCUUGUCUCUCGUCAGUAGGAUCACGGAAUGUCUAGUUUCCUGAAGCCGUGACCUUAUCUAUAUGUGGUUCAAGGCCAGGAAUCACUGGCCAUCUACAGUAACUCAUUCCUACAACUCCCAUGUCUGGUCCCAAAACAAUAAAUAUAUAAAUAUCAGAAACAACAAUUCUGUAUGUAGGAUUUACUGUAUUGGUUUGUACUUAUAUUUACGUUUAGAAUUUCUUAUUCAGUUUAUGUCCAAUCAGCGAAACCUGCUAAAAACGGACUUCACUGUAGAAACUGCUUUACCUCUAAACCUAGAGAUCAGUGCCCUAUUGAGAACAGUAUGGAAUGUACUGGGAACGAAACUCACUGUAUGAAAUACAAUGCAACAAUAAAACAAGGUAACCAUCUGUGUUUAUAUAUAUAUAUAGCUGGGCUAAACUGAUAGUUGAUAAGACUAUCAGGGUACAAUUAUAUAAACUGUUUGUAGUAUUAUUAACAUCAUAUUAGGCUGUAGUGUAAUUACAAUGUGUAAUAUAGUUUGAGUAAAUUAUUAAGUUGCCAACUUUCAAAAUGCAAAAUAUAUAAAUAUAAAUAUAUAUAUCCAAAAUGUAAAGAAACACCGUAUAAUUUGUAUAUCCAAUGUGCCAAAAUGUGGAGAAAUAAUGUGAAAAAAUCCCACAAAAACACAAACAUCUAAUAAACAGCCAUUUCUACACUAAAUUAUUAAAGAGCUAUCCUACUGAAAUAGAUUGUCACCCUUUAAUUAUUAGGGUGCCAACAUAACUGGAAGGACUAUUCUAGCGAAUCAAAGUGUGAUAAGAUCUCAUUGACUAGGAUCUCAUUGACCUCCCUAUAACUUGCAGGUACAAAUAAUAGUUGGAAAUAUUCUGCCAUUACUCUAUGCAGCUGUGUAUAUAUAUAUAUAUGUGUGUGUGUGUGUGCACCCCCUCCUAUUAUAUUAAUACACCUCUAUCUGCAAACUACAGGGGGUGACAAAUUACAUCAUCUUUCUGUUAUGUUACAGGACCCAUCCACAGCCCAUGUGUGGGGGCUUACAUGGUUACAUGGAAGGAGGAGAAAUUGGUUAUCAUUACUAUUAUGCCCCAACCUGAUGCUGACAGAUAA